AUGUCGGUUCUUUUUCUCGCUUCUUUCCUAAUUGCAACUACUUCUGUUUCCUGCUCUCAACUUCAAGACCCUGAAGUAGUAGUGCAGGAGGUCCAUAGGAAUAUCAGUGCGUCUAGGAGGCAGUUGGCCCAUUCCUCGUGUGGAAAUGGCAACCCCAUAGACGACUGCUGGCGGUGCGACCCCAAUUGGGAGCAAAACCGCCAGCGCCUUGCUGAUUGCGCUAUUGGCUUCGGCAAGGACGCAAUUGGCGGGAGAAACGGCCGAAUCUACGUAGUAUCUGACUCCGGCGACGACGACCCUGUGAACCCUAGGCCCGGAACCAUCCGACACGCCGUGAUACAGGACGAGCCGCUGUGGAUCAUUUUCAAGAGGGACAUGGUGAUCCAGCUGAAGCAAGAGCUGGUCAUGAACUCGUUCAAGACCAUAGACGGUAGAGGUGCAAGUGUUCACAUUGCUAAUGGACCAUGCAUCACCAUACAUCACGUCACCAACAUCAUCAUCCAUGGAAUCCACAUACACGACUGUAAGCAGGCCGGGAACGGGGACAUUAGGGACUCCCCGAGCCACGCAGGGUGGUGGACGCAGUCCGACGGUGACGGUGUGUCGAUUUUCGGCGGGAAGCACGUUUGGGUCGAUCACUGCUCGCUGUCGAAUUGUCACGAUGGACUCAUCGAUGCCAUACACGGAUCCACGGCCAUCACGAUUUCGAACAACUACAUGACGCAUCAUGACAAGGUUAUGCUUUUAGGGCACAGUGAUUCGUUUACGGAAGACAAGGGCAUGCAUGUUACUAUUGCGUUCAAUCACUUUGGAGAAGGGCUCGUGCAAAGAAUGCCAAGGUGUAGACUUGGAUAUUUUCAUGUGGUGAACAAUGACUAUACACAUUGGGAGAUGUAUGCUAUAGGAGGGAGUGCUGCCCCGACCAUCUAUAGUCAAGGCAAUAGAUUUCUUGCACCGGAUCGACGUUUCGAUAAAGAGGUGACAAAACACGAGGAUGCACCGGAAAGUAAAUGGAGGAAAUGGAACUGGAGAUCCGAGGGGGAUUUGAUGCUGAACGGCGCAUUUUUCAGGCAAUCAGGUGCGGGUUCAUGGUCAAGCUAUGCGAGGGCGUCCAGUCUCAGUGGAAGACCUUCUUCUCUUGUGGGUUCGAUGACUGUCACUGCCGGUGCACUUAACUGCCGGAGAGGAUCCCGCUGCUAGCUACUUUAUAGUUUAUUAUUUGCCUUAAUGA